AUUAUUAUUUUUUUAUAAAAACUUAAAAUAAAUAAUUAAAAAAAAAAACCCUUAAACCCUAAACCCUUCUCUGUCAAACCGUUAUUCAGUGGAGUCACUUCCCUCCAAGCUGUAAAGCCACCAUUUCCAUGGCGACCAAAGUCUUGAAUCCUCUCCUUACUUCUCUUCCAUUGUUACUCACUCGACGAAGGUUCAAAUUACGCACAUUUUGCUGCGGAAAUUCUCCUUUCAGACUUGGGACGAAGUGCCUUGAAAUUUUCAAGGAGGAAUUCGAGGUUGGAAAUCGCUUAACGUCCUUCGAAACUGGUAAAAUUGCUCGCUUUGCUAAUGGCGCUGUUGUCAUGGCUAUCAAUGAGACCAAAGUCCUCUCUACUGUUGCUUCUGCUAAAGGGGAUUCUGCUCGUGAUUUUCUACCUCUCACUGUUGAUUACCAGGAAAAACAGUAUGCACAAGGCGUAAUUCCGAACACAUUUAUGCGGAGGGAGGGUGCCCCAAAAGAGCGCGAACUUUUGUGUGGUCGUUUAAUUGAUAGACCUAUUAGGCCAUUGUUUCCUCCUGGUUUCUACCAUGAGGUUCAGGUAAUGUCAAGUGUUCUCUCCUCUGAUGGAGAACAAGACCCUGAUGUGAUGGCAGCUAACGCAACAUCUGCUGCCCUUAUAUUAUCAGAUAUACCUUGGGGUGGUCCUAUUGGAAUGGUUCGUAUUGGGAGGAUUAAUGGUCAAUUUAUAAUUAAUCCUACCAUGGAUGAGCUGAGCUCGAGUGAUCUUAACCUGGUGUAUGCCUGCACAAAGGAUAAAACCUUGAUGAUAGAUGUGCAAGCUUGCGAAAUUUCUGAAAAAGAUUUAAAGGCAGGCCUGAGGCUUGCGCAUCCUGAGGCUGUAAAAUAUCUUGAGCCUCAAAUCCGCUUGGCUUCUAAAGCUGGCAAACAAAAGAAGGAAUACAGAUUAUCUAUGAUGCCAGAAACUACAAUGGAAAAGAUUAGGAAGUUGUCAGAAUCACGUAUUGAAGCUAUUUUUUCUGAUCCUACUUAUAGCAAGUUUGAAAGAGGAGAAGCUUUAGACCAAAUCACCCAAGAUGUAAAGAAAUCCCUUGAUGAAGAAUGUGAUGAAGAAAGCAUACAAGGACUAUCCAAGGCAGUAGAUACUGUGAGGAAGCAGAUUGUUCGAAGAAGGAUUCUUAAAGAAGGUGCGAGAGUUGAUGGACGGCGCCUUGACGAAGUGAGGCCAGUUUACUGUGAAUCUGGUAACUUACCUGCUUUGCAUGGAUCUUCCCUUUUCUCACGUGGAGAUACUCAGGUACUAUGUACUGUGACUCUUGGAGCACCUGGUGAUGCACAACGCUUGGAAUCUGUAGUGGGCCCUUCAAGUAAACGGUUCAUGCUUCAUUACAGUUUUCCUCCAUUUUCAAUCAAUGAAGUGGGGAAACGAGCUGGCCUUAAUAGGCGAGAAGUUGGGCAUGGAACACUUGCUGAGAAAGCUCUUCUUGCUGUAUUGCCGCCAGAACAUGAUUUUCCUUAUACAGUGCGUGUAAAUUCAGAAGUCAUGGCUUCUGAUGGCUCCACCUCAAUGGCAAGUGUUUGUGGAGGUAGUAUGGCUCUGAUGGAUGCUGGAAUUCCUGUGAGAGAACAUGUAGCAGGUGUAUCUGUAGGCCUUGUUAGUGAGGUUGACCCAAUUACUGGCAAGAUGACGGAUUAUCGCAUUCUGACUGACAUUUUGGGGCUGGAAGAUCAUCUCGGAGAUAUGGACUUCAAGAUAUCCGGGACACGUAAUGGAAUAACAGCAAUUCAGUUAGACAUAAAACCAGCUGGAAUUCCGUUGGAUAUAAUUUGUGAAAGCUUGGAUCCUGCUUUUAGAGGCCGUCUCCAGAUUCUUGAUCAUAUGGAGCGUGCAAUUAAUGCACCUCGUACUAAAGAUGAUAGAAACUCCCCUCGAUUAGCUACCUUGAAGUACCACAAUGACUCUAUUCGCCGAUUGGUUGGACCUUUAGGUGCCCUAAAAAAAAGGAUUGAAGAAGAAACAGGUGCACGUAUUUCCGUUGGUGAUGGAACACUUACUAUAAUUGCUAAAAAUCAAUCUAUAAUGGAAAAAGCACAGGAGAAGAUUGAAUUUAUCAUAGGUCGUGAUAUUGAAGUUGGAAAGGUCUAUAAAGGUAUUGUAACAUCAAUCAAAGAGUAUGGUGCUUUUGUGGAGUUUAAUGGAGGUCAGCAAGGUCUUCUGCAUAAGUCUGAGCUGUCUCAUGAACCUGUCUCUCGAGUUUCAGAUGUAGUGUCUAUUGGUCAGCAGCUUUCUUUGAUGUGUAUAGAGCAGGAUGUUCGUGGUAAUAUUAAACUAUCCCUUAAAGCGAAUAAGAGCUCUUCUGCUGAUAAAGGAUUUACUGGAACAAAAAAAGGUGCAUCUCAAGUAUGGGCAUCAAUUGGAGAUAAAACUUAUGGUCAAGAGAAGAAUAGUGGUAAAAAGGACCCAGUUGUAACUAAAUAUGCAGCUGCUGAAGUCGCAACCUCUGCUGUUUCAGAUAGUUCCUUUUUUAUUCGAAGUGCUGCAGAGUGUGAUGAAGAGGAAGAAAAGUUAGCUGCUUUAAGUCAAAAUAGGACUCUCAGCACUUUUGCUUCCUCUGAUCAACUAACUCUAGAUCAAAGUGUUGAUGACUCUGGUGGAGAAAAAUCUGCUAGUCUGAAUCAAGUGUCUAAAGAUAAGAAGUCGGAAGUGGGAUCUGGUAUUUGUGCGAAAGACCUGAAACUUGGCACAGUAGUCACAGCUAAAGUAUAUCAAAUUCGUACACGGGGGUUAGUCCUCGAUUUGGGAGGCGGACUUAAAGGAAUGUAUCGUUACGAGGCAAAUGACAAGAGGGACUUUAAGGUAGGUGAUGAAUUGAGAGUGCAGUGCUGUAGUUUUACAGGCAAAGGGGUUCCAGUUAUGUCACAGGUGAAAGAUGAGUAGUACAACUUAUUACCCUUUAUGAUAUAUAUUUUGAUGACAACAAGCUCCUCGGAACUUAUACGUAUAGAUGGCAGCAUCAGGGAAAUUGAUAUGCUGAUGUUCAUGAUACUCUUGCGAAGCUUGCAUCGAUGAAUUAAUUCUAUGCCUCCUUCAUAGAAUUAAUUGCUUCUUAAUGGUGACAUGAGGGAGGCUCUCAUGCUGCCAAUAGAUGAAUCUUCGGCAGGACACAUUCGAAGGGAUGUGAUGGUCUCAAUUCUGUAAAAGAUUUAAUUGUUAGAUAUAUUUUAUGUGAUUUCUUGUUAAUUUAGGUUUACUUAAUUUUAAUGUAACUGAUUGAAUGGCAAAAUAAUUACUAAGCUGAAAACUUUGACCAUUCAAUGUAAAUUGUUUACGAUAAUUUAAGGGUUUUGCUUAUCCUUUUGGCUACUUUAUUUUGAUGUAGUUUCAAAUCUGAAUGAUGUAUAAAUUGGUUGAAAUCCAAAGUCCUAAUAGUAAAUCUAUCUUCAAGAGGA